AUUGCCCAGAAAUCAACGCGCAGUAAAGAAGACGCGAUUGGCCAAUUGAGCAGCAGCUUUUGACGGAACGCACGAGGUUGACAAUGACACCGCACUCAGCUGCUGGAUAGCUUGCUGUCAGACAAUGUCACCGUGUGGAAUGAAGCAAAGGUCAACGUUUUCUCUUACAUGUGAACAGCAGCAUGUAGCAUUUUAACUACCCCGUCAUCACCCAGUUAAAUGGUUCGCCUUCACCGUUUCAGUAUUCUCUGGCAUGGAGAAGCAGAAGAGUUGAGGGGAAAACCCCGGUUUGUUUGACGUUUACAGCUGGCUUUUUACACUUUUUUGGUUCAUUUCCAAGAAGACGUCGGCAGCUUUGCUCAGCAAAACAAAUCCUCGCAUGCUGAUUUGACAAAAAACAAAAACAAGAACUACACCCUGCAUCACAGUGUGGCCCAAAAACCAGCAAACACAAUGGUAGCAGACGACACCGCGGGAAGUGGGGACAGAUCGGAGGUGGAGAAAGAGAUGGACCUGACAGUGCUUGCAUCUAAAGAUACUGAAGGACAUGAAGACGGAGACAUAGAGAUGGCUGUCUCUUCUUCCGAGGCGCCGACUUUCUCCGAAGGUGUUCCAGAGGAAGCCAAGGAGGCCAGGAAGUGGAAGUGCGCCGUGAUAUUCUUGUGUUUCUAUGGGUUUAUGACAUCGAUAAGGCCCGGGGAGCCCUUCAUUACACCAUAUCUGCUCAGCUCUGAGAAGAACUUCACCAGGCAACAGGUGACCAAUGAGAUCACCCCUGUGCUGACGUACUCCUACAUGGCCGUGCUGGUGCCAGCCUUCCUGCUGACUGAUCUUCUGCGCUACAAGCCGGUCCUGAUCGUCCAGGGCUUCAGUCAGGUGGUCAUUUGGCUCAUUCUGCUCCUGGGCACCAGCCUCAUUCAGAUGCAGUUCAUGGAGUUCUUCUACGGCAUCACCUUGGCCUGUCGCGUGGCCUACUCCUCCUACAUCUUCUCCCUGGUCAGCCCGGUUCUCUACCAGCGCGUGGCCGGAUACUCACGCUCCUCAGUCCUCUUGGGGGUGUUCACCAGCUCGGUGCUGGGUCAGGUCUGUGUAUCCUGGGCCGGCGUCGACUUCUACACCCUCAGCGCUAUAUCUUUGGGUUUCGUCAGCUUUGGUCUGCUGCUCUCGGUGGGCCUGCCAUGGCCCAAACGCUCCAUGUUUUUCAACCAGAUGCAGAAUGAGGAGCAAAAGAAACUGGCUGUGUCGGGAAGAGCCACCGAAUCAGAACUGGACAAAAUGAAGCCAAAAGAGAGCGAGUCGAGCUCUGCCGCCCCCGCGCUCUGUGCAUCGCGCUGGAAGGAUUCUGUCUUUGUGCAGAUGCUGCUGGAGGUGAGAAAUGUGGUCAGGAGGCCGAACCUGAGGCUCUGGUCCUUGUGGUGGGUGUUCAACUCCACAGGGUACUACCUGGUGUUGUUCUACGUCCACAUCCUGUGGAGCAGAGUCUCCCAGGACACUGACAAGAAGAACGUUUACAACGGGGGAGUGGAGGCGGCUUCUACCUUACUGAGUGCAGCGACUUCCUUCGUGGCGGGCUUUGUUAAAAUCCGGUGGAACGUCUGGUCUGAGCUGGUCAUCGGCAUCAUCACCGCGGUGCAGGCGGGUCUGCUGCUCCUCAUGGUCACCAGCAACAACCUUUGGGUCUGCUACAUCACCUAUGUCCUCUUCAGAGGCUUCUACCAGUUCCUGGUGCCUAUUGCGACUUUCCAGAUAGCCUCGUCACUCACCAAGGAGCUGUGCGCGCUGGUGUUUGGCAUCAACACCUUCCUGGGCACCAUACUGAAGAGCAUCAUCAUCCUGAUAUUUGCUGACAAGAGCAGCUUGGCUUUGGAUGUGCACACUCAGUUCCUGGUUUACUUCGUUUAUUUUACCCUUCUUGCCGUCGCCUACUUUGUCUCUGCUGCUGUGGUCAUCAUCCGUCACUAUAGAAACCAGCCCAGCGCAGGAGGCGGGGCCGAGAACCAGGCCGCGCCCACAGAGCUCAGCCCCGUGGCAGCGAAUUCGGAGGCAGAGCCUUUGUCUAACGGAAAAAAUGCCAAAGCAUAACGUCAAGAACCGGUUCUGUUUUCCAUCCAGAUCUUAUGUGUUUGUUAGGAGCUCUCGAGACUCAGCAGGAUCAAUCGUUUCAACCCUCUGAUGCUGAUGGAGAAGCUCAUUCAGUGUUAACUACUGUGCCUUAAUUAUAAAAGUGCCUCCUCUGCUACGUAAAAUUCUGCAUAAGCCUCGACAGGCUGCAGGCAUCUUGUGUCUGAGGUUUUGGGAGAGUUUUGUAUUUGUUUUUGAUGAUCAGAUGAGGUUUGUUGUAACUGUGAGAAGAUGAUGAAAUUCUACUUUUACUGGGGGCAGUAUUAUUUCCUUGAGUAUUGUGGAAAACCAUCGUACAUACAGCGAGGGACCAUUAGGGUAAUGGUCUAAAUUGAGCCUUUUUUUGUACUUUGUGCAGGAAGGAAACAAGGAGAAUUUGCAGCUGAAACAGGGUGAACUGUCCUCUGUCAGUGGCAGGGGUUUGCCCUCCAUGAUUACUGUACAGUCACCAAAAAUAACUUUGGAAUAGGCUGCAUUUUCUGGCUCAACAAACAUCAUCAAUACUUAUUUCCAUCACCAACACUCCUAUUGCACUUAAUGUUACAAUUAUUACAAUUGACCACAUCAGUGUAAUUGAUUUUUAAAUUUUUCUUUUCUUGAUAAUCAAAUUUUCACGUCACAUUGUUGUAAAAUCACAUCACGAUUGAUACCUUCUUACCCAGCUUUUGUAUCGGUAAGCUGCAGAUUUUAGGCAGUGUGUAAUGUGCUGUUUGAAUUUUAUAGUUUAGUAUUUUAUAGUACUGUUAGCGCUGAUCUACUAUUUGUAAUGCAGCAUCAGGGUAUUUGAAAUUAUUCGUCUUUUGUGAUACCUGAAAACAGGCUACAGAAUGUGUAGCUUAGGAGAAAUUAAAUGAAAAUAAUGUUUCUAGAUAUUUAUUACACAGACAUUCUAGUUUGAUAUUUGAUAUCUAAAUGCACACCACAGAAUUUGGUUGUUUGAAAGUGGUAUUUCUAUUUUUUAUCUAAAUUUCAGCAGUAUCUCAAGCAAUAAUCUUGCUGCCAAUUCACUGCCUGUUGCUUGUGAGUUUGUGAGAGCCCCAUUUUGCCAAACAAACCAACUGCCAAGAGGGCUCCCAGCUCCUAAAACCAGCUCAACAUAUCUAAAGCUGCAGGAAGCACUGGUCUCAGAUCUGUAGAAAACAUAGGAAUGCAGUGUUACUUGAUGCGACAGGUAACUAUGGUGCAAACAUUAAGUAGAUUUUUUAAAAUGUCCUUUAGGUUACCUAAACAGCAACAGUAUAGUUAAUAGAUAGAGCAGUAUUUAAAGCACAGACAACACUAGUUUCUGUUUGUUGUUCAUGUUAACUGCACUCAGAAUGUAUAGAUGUGUUUUUUUGUUUUUUUUUGAUUGAACUAGUUGUUGGGAAAUGAUGUAACUGUGAACCUGUCUGAAUGCUGGAAAAAAAAAGGAAAGUGAAUUUAAUCAGAUGUCUAUUUUGUAUUCACAAAUAAAUUACCUUUGGUGGA